CACCGAUGGAGGGCGGGCUUCACGUCAUCCGUGAAAACUUUGUCAAACAAAAAUGCAUGCAUGCAAUGUGGUGAAAUCUGAGUUGUAAGUCAACUUGGUGGCCGAAUUAUGAUGUAAAAAGGAGGCAGCAGAGCAGAAUAUACAAUAAUGUCGGAUAUGGAAGACGAUGAUCCAGUUGUGGACGAGGUUGAUGUCUACUUGUCCAAGAGCCUAGCUGAGAACCUGUAUCUUUUCCAGUAUCCUGUGCGGCCGUCUGGAAUGCCCUAUGAUGACUUUGAGCAUCUGGCUGCAAGGAUCAAACCCAAGCAGAAGUUGGUGGAAAUUGAACUUGGUCUAGAAACCAGUAACCCGAACUACGACCGAAGUCGCGGGGAGCAGAUCGCGAUCAACGUAGAUGGGGCCAACCCUGUUGGAAAUAAGUCGUACCAAAGUGAUGUAAUGGAUAAGCAGGUGCUGGCUACCUCAAGCAGUUUAUCUACAACAUCACGUUACGGCGUCGGCAUUCUGAAAGAUGGGGAGCUGCACCUGACACCCCUUCAUGGCAUAAUGCAGCUCAGACCCAGCUUCUCUUACCUGGACAAGGCAGACAUGAAGAGCAAAGUGGAGAAAGCAGCUGAUAAUGAGGGUGAAUCAUCCCAGGAGGAAGAGGAAGAAGCCAAGCCAGUCAAGGUCCAGUUUGCCCGGCCGGAGAGUGACCAGGCUAAGGCCAGACGGCUGGCCUCGUACUCCCAUCAUGAGAAGAUGUUGUCUGAAGAGAUGUGGGUACCGCUCAGCUGUCGGUCGGUCUACGAUGAGAGGUCGUAUUCUGAGCGAGAGAAGUUAUUCUGUCAGGCAAUGGAGAGUGAGGUAUCACCACUCAACCUUCCCUCUAGGGACUACCUGGCUACCCUGGUUCCCGAGGCCAUGGAAGAUGAAGCUGAUAAACCGCAGUUGCCAUCCAACGUUCUCUCCAUGAACAACCUGAAAACAAUGAAUCUGGCUGACCAGGUCAAAGCUCUGCUCAUCAAUGCUAAAUCCUUGAGGUUCUCCCAGUUACUGACCAUCUUACCAGGAGCGCCCGAUGCGACAGCCGUUCUGAGAGCCGUACAACAAGUGGCUAUGCUGGUCCAGGGAUGCUGGGUGGUCAAAAGUGAUGUAUUGUAUCCCAAAGAUAGCACCAGUCCCAUCAGUGGUGUUCCGGCUGAUAUACUUUGCCGAGGCAGAGACUAUGUGAUGUGGAAAUUUACCCAGAGUCGCUGCAUUGUGAGGAAAGAAGUUGCCUCCAUAACAAAGUUGCCGUCUGAGGACAUGAAAGACAUUCUGGAGCAGAUGGCUCGGCCCAAGAUCAACCAGGGCUGGGAGUUUGCUCUGGUGUAUGACAGUGAGUUUGUCUUGCACCACGAGGAUGUCACACAGAGACAGCAGAUGCUGUGGGAUGCUAAAUUCCAGCAGCUUUCCAAAAUUCUGAAAGUUCCCAAGCACGAAAUAGAGAAGAAAGGCAAAGGAAGGGACAGCAAAGAAUCAUCACAAACAGUUGAAGUCAUGUCAGGUCAGGAACGCGUCAAGGUCGCCCGCGGCCGCGCCCGGACUAAAAGCCUCACCCAACAGGAAAAUGCAAAUCCCGCUAAAGCGCAAAAUAGCAAUCCAGGUUCUAGAACUCCUUGUGGAACGUCAGAGGCCAACAGCAGGCUUCAGGCUGAACCUGCGUUAAAUACUGAAGAGCCCAUGGAGACAAACUCAGCCGCGGACCCUUUACAAGCAGCCUCGGCAUCUUCCGAAAGCAACGCCCAUGUCGUUCAGAACGGGCCAAGCUCCAGUAACGGAAUUCCCAGUCAGGACUCGGUCAGGAACGAACUGCGGUGUUUUUUACGGGACAAGUUUGUGCAGCAGCCACUCAUGAGCUUGAUGGACAUGCGGCGGCACAUCAAAAUGAGAUUGGUGGAGACGCCGCCGGGCGAUUUACUCGGCGAAGGGAUAUCUGAUGCCAUGUUGGAAGAGUGUGCUGUGGAUAUAAAUGCUGCGUUGCUGCAGAUUCCGUGGCCAUCCAAUAAUUCUAUGGAGGAUAAGAAACUGUUUGGAUUCUGUGACUGUGGAGAUUCUUUAGACAAGUUCCGUGCUGUCAUCUUUGACAUGUUCCGGGAAAGUUUCAAACACCGUCGCAACCAGUUCUCUGAUCGUUUCAAGGAAGUUCUGGGCAAGGAACCACCAUCAAAGCUGGAAUUUGACAGACUCAUAAAGAGUUUAUGCCUGUACAAGUCUCCAUUCUGGUACCUGAAAGGAACGAUACCACCUACGCCAACAUGAUGGCUACCAAUCCUAGGACUCGUAGCUUUUUUUAUUUGUGUAUUUUGAAUACAAAAAUUCCAGUCGAGCUGCAGUCAAUUGUGUCCUCAAUUUGUUUGAUAAAUAUAAAUCCUGAUUUAUUCUCC